UCAAAGCAAGGCAGGCAGGAGGGUUAAGCUCGCUCGUCCUGGCAUUGACUUUCCCCUUCCUCACAUAUCCAUCCAUCGACCUUGAAGCAGUGAGCAAGAUCCAUUUCAGUACUCGCAAAAGGAACAUGCCGAGGAUUGCUUUAUCAAUUCGUUGAUCGAUUGCUGUAGCCAAGUGAUUGCAAAUGGACCGCAAAACCAGUACAAGUCACAUCGACAUCCUGGAGAGGCUUCUGCUUGAUGAAAGUGCAGAGCCCACAGACCUGCCAUUGUCACUUCUGAGAGACAUAACAAAUGGUUUUUCUCUUGGUAACAAAAUUGGUAGUGGCGGUUAUGCGGUGGUUUAUAAGGGAGUGGUCGGGAAAGGCAUGGUUGCCGUGAAGUUGUUAAACACGUUUGGUAUUCAUGAGAAUAAAUUCCAAGAAGAGGUUAAAUGCCUUAUAAAGGCCAAGCACAAGAAUAUAGUACGGUUUCUGGGGUAUUGCGCUGACACACAAGAUGCAACUUGUGGGCUUAAUUGGAGGGAGCGGUAUCGAAUAAUCAGGGGGGUCUGUGAUGGUUUACUUUUUCUCCACGAGAAGAGAAUUCUUCAUUUGGACCUGAAGCCCACUAAUAUAUUGCUAGAUGGUCACAUGGUACCCAAAAUUGCUGACUUUGGUUUGUCAAGAUGCCUCGGUGAAGAGCAAACCCGUUCUAUUACUCAAAAUCUAUGGGGAACACUGAGAUACAUGGAUCCAGAAUACAUCAGAUCAAGACAAAUCACGCACGCGUCGGACAUAUAUAGUCUUGGUGUUAUAAUAAUGGAGAUACUGACAGGCGUGAGGCAGUAUCUCAAAGAUGAACACGUAGUUCAAAGUUGGAUGAUUCGGUUGGAGGCAUCAGAGGGGGACAUGCAAUUGGAACAAGUAAGAGUAUGCUAUAAGAUAGCGAUAGAGUGCAUGGACUUGGACCCGAAGAAGAGACCAGUUGCACGCCAUAUAGUUAGUAGGCUUGAUAAAAUGACAAGUGCAGAAUAUUUAGAUGAAACUAGCAUUGGCAGUUCAGUAUUUGAGCCGCAGAUAAGUUUACCAAGGGAACAAUCUGGAGAAAGAAUUGGAAAGCUUGCAGCAGAGAGCCUCCAGGUGGAUAUUGAGGAAGGUCAACAAAAACUAGACCAAUUACCAUUACAGGAAGUGCAAGCUCCAUUACAGGGAAUUGGCAAGCUCGCAUCCGAGAGCCUCCAGAAGGCAGAUGUGGAGGAACACUUGGAAAUACUGGUAGAUGUUCCACAAAAUCUUGGAAGGCUUCAUUACGAUGAAGACCAAAAGAGAGUAGGCCAGUUAUCAUUAUGGGGUGGACAAAAUACGACGGAAAAGGUCAACCGCCAUGGUGCAAGCAAUUCUAGCUCUACCUCUACUGGGUUCAACGAGUUGAACAUUUUGGGAAUUGACAACAAGAAAGCACACAUGAUUUUCAAUAGGAACAACAGGCGUACAUUAGAACAGUCGCAUUUUCUGAAUAUCUUCAGAAAGGAGGAGCUCAGGCCAAUACUAAGGAGUAGCAAUCUCAUUAGAGAAAGUGGGUCCACUAAAGUUUACAAAGGAGUUGUUGAUAAUACAAUGGUUGCAGUAAAGAAAACAUUUAAUGCUCAGAACAAGCAAUUAGAAAAGGAGGUUAUCAUCCACUCUCAAAUCAUCCACAAGAACAUUGCUUGUCUCAUAGGUUGUUGCCUAGAAAUGGAUAGCCCCAUUCUCGUUUAUGAGUUCCUCCCCAGAGGAAGCCUUCAUGGCAUUCUUCACAGCGGCAACAAGGUGCCUCUAAACUUGGAUGUGCGUCUAAAUAUUGUUGCAGAAUCAGCACAAGGUCUAGCUUAUCUGCAUUCACAAGCUCGUACCAAAAUCGUGCAUGGUGAUGUAAAACCGGCAAGUAUACUCUUGGAUGAAAAUUUUAUACCAAAUAUCUCAGGCUUUGGCACGUCGAGGUUGAUUGAGAGGGAUGGGCAACACACUAGACUCAUCAUCAGUGACAAGACUUAUAUGGAUCCAGUAUACCUGCAAACAGGGUUAUUGACCGAGAAAAGUGAUGUCUAUAGUUUUGGAAUUGUGGUCUUGGAGCUCAUUAGUAGGAAAAAGGCCACUCAUACUAAUGAUGACUGGUUAGUGCAAAGUUUCAUUAAAGUUCACAAAGAAGGGAAGAAAGCAACCGAGCUAUUUGACAAGGAAAUUGCAGUAACAACAAGAGAUUUGGAGCUUCUUGACUGUCUGACAAAGAUUGCCGUGCAAUGUCUUAACCUUAAUGUGGAUGAAAGGCCCAUGAUGACAGAUGUUGCAGAGCGCCUUGUCAUAUUGAAUCGAUCUUAUAGGUUACAUGCACGACACAUAAGUGCUGACUAUUCAGAGGAAGCUGAAAUCAGAAGUUCAUUUGUUGUGCAUCGAAAAGUUGGCCACUUACCAUUACAGGGAGUGCAAGACACGAACUAUCGUGGCACAAGCAAUUCUAGCUCUGUCUCUACUGGGUUCUACAAGUUGAACAAUUUGGACAUUUUCAACUGGAAAUCACACAGGAAUUUCAAUAGGCACAACAUGCAUAUAUUAGAGAAGUCACAUUUUAUAAAGAUUUUCACGAAUGAGGAGCUCAAAUCAAUACUAAGGAACACAAAUUUCAUUGGAGAAGGUGCUUUCGCUGUAAUUUACAGGUGCGUUGUUGAUAAUUCACUGGUCAUGGUAAAGAAACUAAUCAAUAAUAAUGAGAGAGAGAUUGAAAAUCUUGGGAAUGAAGUCCUCAUCCAUUCACAAGUCAGCCACAAGAACAUCGUUAGGCUCAUAGGUUGUUCCCUAGAAAUGGAUACUCACAUGCUAGUGUACGAGUUGCUCCCCAGAAGAAGCCUUUAUGACAUUCUUCACAACGGCAGUAUGGUGCCUCCCAACUUGGAUGUGCGUUUAAAUAUCGUUGCGGAAUCAGCACAAGGUUUGGCAUAUCUGCAUUCACAAGCUCGUACCAGAAACCUACAUGGCAAUGUUAAACCAGCAAGUAUACUCUUGGACGAUGACUAUACACCAAAGAUCUCAGGCUUUGGCCUAUCGAGGUUGAUUGUGAGAGAUAAGGAGCAUACUUCUGUCGUCAUCGGUGACAUGGCCUAUAUGGAUCCAUUGUAUAUGCAAACAGGCCUAUUGACCUUGAAAAGUGAUGUCUACAGUUUUGGAGUUGUGAUACUGGAGAUCAUUAGCGGGAAGAAGCCCCGUCAUUCUGAUAAGAAAAGCAUAGUGAGGAGUUUCAUUGAAGUUCACAAAGAAGGGAAGAAAGCAACCGAUCUGUUUGACAAGGAAAUUGCGGUAACAACAGGAGAUCUGGACAUUCUUGAUUGUCUGACAAAGAUUGCUGUGGAAUGUCUUAACCUUGAUGUGGAUCAAAGGCCAACGAUGACAGAUGUUGCAGAGCGCCUUCUCAUACUGAAUCGAUCUCGUAGGUCAAAAGUUAUUUGCCAAUAAUUUGAUUUAUAUGUUCUAGAGAAAAGAAACAAGUUGAUGCAAAUUCUAGCCUGAACAAGAUGCAUGCCGUCAAAUAAGAUGGGCAACUGUCCGUGUUGAUUUAUUUUUGCUGUUGUGAACAUAAUCUCUGAAAUAUGCAUGUCAG